GUACGAGUAGGUUCCAUGUUUAAAUGGCCCAUAAAAACAAACAAAGAUGUUAACAGUUUAGCUCAAAACAACAACACAAAAGAGAUAUUUAACUAUUACAAAAUUUUCUUUAGUUUCAGGAUGAACAUACCAAAGAUAAAAAUUAAUGUUACCCUCUUGAUAUGUUUAUUAAUUUUGCUAACAAAUUGCAAGGAUGAAGUAAAAUAUAGACAAAAAAGAAUUUUAUGGGUAACAGCUGAUGGCAGGUUAGCAUUACCACCGGGAACAACUUUAGUCAUAUCACCAUCUCUAUCUCUACCCUUUGUAAGAUACCCUCCGGAUGGAUUCUUUUCCAAUCUUACCGUUAGUUUACCAUUUACAAUUGAUUUCAAUAAGUUGGGCCUUACCGACAACGAAAACCCUUACGGCGUUUUACCUCCUCUUUUGGCACGUUCAAUGGGUCGAGCCGCAGGCGGUUUUCUUGCUGACUACAUUGGCAGCAUUUUGGAGCAUCGCAGGACAAAGAGAUAUUCACCACCUCCAAAAGGUUCUUCUUUGGAGAACGCUUUUCACGGUGGCGAGCGCGCUCUUCUCUAUAUGGUAAUUGAAGAAUUUUUGGAAAACUUCGGCAUGGAUGGAAAAGCGUGUCUUUUAAGGGCUAUAUGCGAAGUUCACGCGCAUCCACUUACAAACUUUGGUCUCGUAGGGGAAAUGAUGAGGCUGUUUUUGUCUCCCAGUAAAUCGCCAUAUGCUUACAUGUUAAAAGAAUAUGUAGAAGCAGAAAAUGCGGGCAGUGGAAAAAUGGGCGGGCCUGCUGAAUGUUGGCCAUAUAUGAAAGAUUGCCCUAAAUCUCUCUUUCUACCGAAACACAACAAAUACCGUUCCGGCGAAAAUAUGUCUGAAAAUGAAAUUCCUCAUGGCGAGAAAGAAAAACGAAGUUUUGAUGAAUCACAAGAAGUUACCCUUGAUCCAGCUAUAGGAAACAUGUAGUAAUGAAACUAAUGCAUUAAAAAGUGAUACAAUAACGGGUGUGAUUUGAACUAAGUCAAAAGACAUUUUUUAUUUAGGUAUUUAGGAAAAUAAAUUAUUGCUCAAUUAUAUGUAAAUAAUAUUUAUUUGGCAUUGCUUUAUAAUUAUACUAUUAUGAAUAAUUUUUCAGUAUCUUAUUUGCAUUUUUAGAGUACAUUGUACUUAGUUUUACGGAUUAGGAUAUUGUUAUAAUAAAUAAAAAUCUUUGUAUAUUUUAUAUUGAUUACAA